AUGCUAUCGUUUUCUCACUUCUCUUCUUCUUUGACAUAUUCUUUCUUAUUUUUCUUCUUCAUUUUCUUUCUUUCAUUUAUUUUUUUCAUUCAGUCUUCUUCGCCAUGCUAUCGUUUUCUCAUUUCCUACUAUUCUCAAAGUGACAUAUUCUGUUCUCAUUUUUUUCUUCUUCAUUUCUUUUCUUUCAUUUAUCUUUUUUUCAUUCAAUCUUCUCGCCAUGCUAUCAUUUUCUCACUUCCUACUCUUCUCAAAAGUGACAUAUUCUUUUCUAAUUUUUCUUCUUCAUUUCUUUCUUUCAUUUAUUUUUUUUUUUCAAUCUUCCCAUCAUACUAUCUGACAUAUUCUUUUCUUAUUUUUCUUCUUCAUUUCUUUCUUUCAUUUAUCUUUUUUUCAUUCAAUCUUCCCGCCAUGCUAUCGUUUUUCUUUCUUCCUCUUCUCAAAGUGAACAUAUUCUUUUCUAAUUUUUUCUUUUCAUUUCUUUCUUUUCAUUUAUCUUUUUUCAUUCAAUCUUCCCGCCAUGCUAUCGUUUUCUCACUUCCUACUAUUCUCAAAGUGACAUAUUCUGUUCUCAUUUUUCUUCUUCAUUUCUUUCUUUUCAUUUAUCUUUUUCAUUCAAUCUUCUCGCCAUGCUAUCUGACAUAUUCUGUUCUUAAUUUUCUUCUUCAUUUCUUUCUUUCAUUUAUCUUUUUCAUUCAAUCUUCUCGCCAUGCUAUCGUUUUCUCACUUCCUACUCUUCUCAAAGUGACAUAUUCUGUUCUCAUUUUUCUUCUUUCAUUUCUUUCUUUCAUUUAUCUUUUUUUCAUUCAAUCUUCUCGCCAUGCUAUCGUUUUUUUCUCACUUCCUACUCUUCUCAAAGUGACAUAUUCUUUUCUAAUUUUUUUCUUCUUCAUUUCUUUCUUUUUUUUAUCUUUUUUUUCAUUCAGUCUUCUCGCCAUGCUAUCGUUUUCUCCUUCCUACUCUUCUCAAAUGACAUAUUCUUUUCUAUUUUUUUCUUCUUCAUUUCUUUCUUUCAUUUAUCUUUUUCAUUCAAUCUUCCCGCCAUGCUAUCUGACAUAUUCUGUUUUUUUUUUUUCUUCUUCAUUUCUUCUUUCUUUCAUUUAUUUUUUUCAUUCAAUCUUCUUUUUUAAUGCUAUCGUUUUUCUUUCUUCCUACUCUUUCAUUUCAUUUCUUGCCAUAUUCUUUUCUAAUUUUUCUUCUUCAUUUCUUUCUUUCAUUUAUCUUUUUUCAUUCAAUCUUUCCUUCGCCAUGCUAUCGUUUUCUCACUUCUACUCUUCUCAAAGUGACAUAUUCUUUUCUAAUUUUUUCUUCUUCAUUUCUUUCUUUCAUUUAUCUUUUUUCAUUCAAAUCUUCCCGCCAUGCUAUCGUUUUUCUUCCUACUCUUCUCUAUUGUUCUCAUUUUUUCUUUAUUUCUUUCUUUCAUUAAUUUUUUUCAUUCAAUUUCUUUCUUUCAUUUUUCUUUUUUUCUCAAAUUAUUAUUCUUUCUUUUUCUUCUUCAUUUCUUUCUUUUCAUUUAUCUUUUUUUCAAUCUUCACUUUUUUUCUCUUCUUCAAAGUGACAUAUUCUUUUCUCAUUUUUCUUCUUCAUUUCUUUCUUUCAUUUAUCUUUUUUUCAUUCAAUCUUUCGCCAUGCUAUAUUUUCUCACUUCCUUCUUUUCAAAUGACAUAUUCUUUUCUAAUUUUUUCUUCUUCAUUUCUUUCUUUCAUUUAUCUUUUUUCAUUCAAUCUUCCCGAUCAUGCUAUCGUUUUUCUCCUUCCUACUCUUCUCAAAGUGACAUAUUCUUUUCUAAUUUUUCUUCUUCAUUUCUUUCUUUCAUUUAUCUUUUUUUUCUUUUCUUUCGUUUUUUCUUUCUUCUCCAAAUUCAUAUCGUUUUCUAAUUUUCUUCUUCUUUUCUUUCUUGACAUAUUCAUUUCUUCUCAUUAUUUUCUUCUUCCAUCUUCUUUCUAUUUUUCUUCUUUUUCUUUCUUUCAUUUAUCUUUUUCAUUCAAUCUUUCCCGCCAUGCUAUCUCUUCUCGCCAUGCUAUCGUUUUCUCACUUCCUACUCUUCUCAAAGUGAAAUAUUCUUUUCUAAUUUUUCUUCUUCAUUUCUUUCUUUCAUUUAUCUUUUUUCAUUCAAUCUUCCCGCCAUGCUAUCGUUUUCUCACUUCCUACUCUUCUCAAAGUGACAUAUUCUGUUCUUAUUUUUCUUCUUCAUUUCUUUCUUUCAUUUUUUUUUUUCAUUCAAUCUUCUCGCCAUGCUAUCGUUUUCUCACUUCCUACUCUUUAUUUUUGAAAUAUUCUUUUCUAAUUUUUUUCUUCAUUUCUUUCUUUCAUUUAUCUUUUUCAUUCAAUCUUCCCGCCAUGCUAUCGUUUUUUCACUUCCUACUCUUUCUCAAAGUGACAUAUUCUGUUCUCAUUUUUCUUCUUCAUUUCUUUUCUUUCAUUUAUCUUUUUUUCAUUAAAUCUUCACGCCAUGCUAUCGUUUUCUCACUUCCUACUCUUCUCAAAGUGACAUAUUCUUUUCUAAUUUUUCUUCUUCAUUUCUUUCUUUCAUUUAUCUUUUUUCAUUCAAUCUUCUUCUUCCAUGCUAUCUUUUUCUCACUUCCUACUUCUUCUCAAAGUGACAUAUUCUUUUCUAAUUUUUUUUCUUCUUCAUUUCUUUCUUUCAUUUAUCUUUUUUCAUUCAAUCUUCCCGCCAUGCUAUCGUUUUCUCACUUCUCUCUUCUCAAAGUGACAUAUUCUGUUCUCAUUUUUUCUUCCUUCAUUUCUUUCUUUCAUUUAUCUUUUUUCAUUCAAUCUUUCCCGCCAUGCUAUCGUUUUCUCACUUCCUACUCUUCUCAAAGUUUUUUUUUCAUUCAAUCUUCCCGCCAUGCUCAAUUUUUCUCACUUCCUACUCUUCUCAAAGUGACAUAUUCUGUUCUUAUUUUUCUUCUUCAUUUCUUUCUUUCAUUUAUCUUUUUUUCAUUCAAUCUUCUCGCCAUGCUAUCGUUUUUUCACUUCCUACUCUUCUCAAAUGACAUAUUCUGUAAUAUUUUUCUUCUUCAUUUCUUUCUUUCAUUUAUCUUUUUUCAUUCAAUCUUCCCGCCAUGCUAUCGUUUUCACUUCCUACUCUUCUCAAAUGACAUAUUCUGUUCUUAUUUUUCUUCUUCAUUUCUUUCUUUCAUUUAUCUUUUUUUUUUUUCAUUAAAUCUUCACGCCAUGCUAUCGUUUUCUCACUUCCUCUCUUCUCAAAGUGACAUAUUCUGUUCUAUUUUUUUCUUCUUCAUUUCUUUCUUUCAUUUUUCUUUUUCAUUCAAUCUUCUCGCCAUGCUAUCGUUUUUUCUCACUUCCUACUCUUCUCAAAGUGAAAUAUUCUUUUCUAAUUUUUCUUCUUCAUUUCUUUCUUUCAUUUAUCUUUUUUCAUUCAAUCUUCCCGCCAUGCUAUCGUUUUCUCACUUCCUACUCUUCUCAAAUGACAUAUUCUGUUCUCAUUUUCUUCUUCAUUUCUUUCUUUCAUUUAUUUUUUUCAUUCAAUCUUCCCGCCAUGCUAUCGUUUUCUCACUUCCUACUCUUCUCAAAGUGAAAUAUUCUUUUCUAAUUUUUCUUCUUCAUUUCUUUCUUUCAUUUAUUUUUUUUUCAUUCAAUCUUCUCGCCAUGCUAUCUGACAUAUUCUGUUCUUUUUUUCUUCUUCAUUUCUUUCUUUCAUUUAUCUUUUUUCAUUCAAUCUUCUCGCCAUGCUAUCGUUUUCUCACUUCCUACUCUUCUCAAAGUGACAUAUUCUUUUCUAAUUUUCUUCUUCAUUUCUUUCUUUCAUUUAUCUUUUUUUUUUCAAUCUUCCCGCCAUGCUAUCGUUUUCUCACUUCCUACUCUUCUCAAAGUGACAUAUUCUUUUCUAUUUUUUCUUCUUCAUUUUCUUUCUUUCAUUUAUCUUUUUCAUUCAAUCUUUCCCGCCAUGCUAUCGUUUUCUCACUUCCUACUCUUCUCAAAGUAACAUAUUCUGUUCUCAUUUUUCUUCUUCAUUUCUUUCUUUCAUUUAUCUUUUUUCAUUCAAUCUUCUCGCCAUGCUAUCGUUUUCUCACUUCCUACUCUUCUCAAAGUGAAAUAUUCUUUUCUAAUUUUUCUUCUUCAUUUCUUUCUUUCAUUUAUCUUUUUUCAUUCAAUCUUCCCGCCAUGCUAUCGUUUUUCUCACUUCCCUACUCUUCUCAAAGUGACAUAUUCUGUUCUAAUUUUUUUCUUCUUCAUUUCUUUCUUUCAUUUAUUUUUUCAUUAAAUCUUCUCGCCAUGCUAUCAUUUUUUCUCACUUCCUACUCUUCUCAAAGUGACAUAUUCUGUUCUAAUUUUCUUCUUCAUUUCUUUCUUUCAUUUAUCUUUUUCAUUCAAUCUUCUCGCCAUGCUAUCGUUUUCUCUUCCUACUCUUCUCAAAGUGAAAUAUUCUUUUCUAAUUUUUUCUUCUUCAUUUCUUUCUUUCAUUUAUCUUUUUUUCAUUCAAUCUUCCGCCAUGCUAUCGUUUUCUCACUUCCUACUCUCUUCUCAAAUGACAUAUUCUUUUCUAAUUUUUUCUUCUUCAUUUCUUUCUUUCAUUUAUCUUUUUUCAUUCAAUCUUCUCGCCAUGCUAUCGUUUUCUCACUUCCUACUCUUCUCAAAGUGACAUAUUCUUUUUUUUUUUCUUCUUCAUUUUCUUUCUUUCAUUUAUCUUUUUUCAUUCAAUCUUCCCGCCAUGCUAUCGUUUUCUCACUUCCUACUCUUCUCAAAGUGACAUAUUCUUUUCUAAUUUUUCUUCUUCAUUUCUUUCUUUCAUUUAUCUUUUUUCAUUCAAUCUUCCCGCCAUGCUAUCGUUUUCUCACUUCCUACUCUUCUCAAAGUGACAUAUUCUGUUCUCAUUUUUCUUCUUCAUUUCUUUCUUUCAUUUAUCUUUUUUCAUUCAUGAAAUAUUCUUUUCUAAUUUUUCUUCUUCAUUUCUUUCUUUCAUUUAUCUUUUUUCAUUCAAUCUUCUCGCCAUGCUAUCGUUUUCUCACUUCCUACUCUUCUCAAAGUGACAUAUUCUGUUCUCAUUUUUCUUCUUCAUUUCUUUCUUUCAUUUAUCUUUUUUCAUUCAAUCUUCCCGCCAUGCUAUCGUUUUCUCACUUCCUACUCUUCUCAAAUGACAUAUUCUGUUCUCAUUUUCUUCUUCAUUUCUUUCUUUCAUUUAUCUUUUUCAUUCAAUCUUCCCGCCAUGCUAUCGUUUUCUCACUUCCUACUCUUCUCAAAGUGAAAUAUUCUUUUCUAUUUUUUUCUUCUUCAUUUCUUUCUUUCAUUUAUCUUUUUUUUCAUUCAAUCUUCCCGCCAUGCUAUCGUUUUCUCACUUCCUACUCUUCUCAAAGUGACAUAUUCUGUUCUUAUUUUUUCUUCUUCAUUUCUUUCUUUCAUUUAUCUUUUUCAUUCAAUCUUCUCGCCAUGCUAUCGUUUUCUCACUUCCUACUCUUCUCAAAGUGA